CGUUUAUUGUCUACGCGAGUCUGCUCGGCCUAGUCGUCGGCUAGCGGAAUUGAUUUAGGACGCGAAGGAGUUUGUAUUUUGUUUCCGUCUGAUUAGGAGGUCGAUAUUGCAGCCUCCGUCGGUCGGUGUUCGCUCCAAAUUUCCAACAUCCACCGGGUUCUCGGUGUUAUUCCUUUGUAAAUACUGUUAUUUGUAUAUACUGUAAAUGAUGACUUCAGUUGGCGGAGGCCGGACCCGGGGCAACUGGGAGCAGACGCAGGGUCAGACACAGAGCCAGUCACAGCACAAGCAAAGGCCACAGGCCACUGCUGAGCAAAUCCGGCUUGCGCAAAUGAUCUCGGACCACAACGAUGCAGACUUUGAGGAAAAGGUCAAACAGCUGGUUGACAUCACAGGAAAAGAUCAGGAUGAGUCCAUGAUAGCGCUGCACGACUGCAACGGAGACGUCAACAGAGCCAUCAACGUCCUGUUGGAGGGCAGCCCUGACACUGACUCAUGGGAAAUGGUUGGAAAGAAGAAAGUGUCAGGUCAAAAGGAAAGUGCACAGACAGAUGGAGGAGAUGAAGGGAAGGAGAAUCGAGAGCGGGGAGGAGAAAGAGAUGUGGCGCGCCGCAGAGGAGGAGCCCCGCGGAGGGGCCGUGGAGCCAGCCGUGGACGAGAGUUUCGUGGGCAAGAGAACGGGUUGGAUGGAACCAAGACAGGAGGCAUUGCGGGCAGAGGAACAGAACGAGGCCGUCGGGGAAGAGGCAGAGGAAGAGGUGGAGCUGGUAGGCGAGGUGGAAGGUUUUCAGCUCAGGGUAUGGGCCAGAUUGAUAAAGGCCCCAGAUAUGAUUUGUCAGGAGAUGAGAGUACGUUUAAUCCAGCGGACUACACAGAGCCAGCCCAAACAGAUGAGAGCUACACAAGUGGUAGCACUUGGAGUAACACUGGCAACCUGGAACCUGAGGAUGGAAACCGGCUUGAGUUUACAGGAGGAGAGGGAACAAGCUAUCCUCAACAGUUUGACUCCACCCCUGGUGCGUGGAGAACUGCCACAGAAGAGUGGGGUACGGAGGACUGGAAUGAAGAUUUAUCAGAGACCAAGAUAUUCACUGCCUCCAGUGUGGCGUCCAUGCCCAUUCCACAAGAGAAUGUCACCAUUACAGCUGGACAGAGGAUUGAUUUGGCGGUGUUGCUUGGGAAGACGCCUCCAUCUUCCUCUGAGGCAGAACCUGCUCCUCUUGAAGGGCAACAGCCUUCAUCUCUGCCUCAGUCUCUGGUGUUCAGCAGCUCGAAGCAGACAGCCUCACUGUCCCAAUCCUCCAGCAGUGCUCCCUACGGCCAGCACAGCAUGGUGAGCAUGCUCGGUAAGGGAUUUGGUGAUGUAGGAGACCCUAAAGUAACCACUGGAGGCUCCACAACUGGUUCUCAAUUUCUGGAGCAGUUUAAGACGGCCCAGGCUUUGGCCCAGCUGGCAGCCCAGCACUCACAAAGUGGACCACCCAACGCCGGUCCUUCUACCUGGGAUACUAGUCCUGCACUGAGCCAAUACGAGAUGAAGCCCCAAGUAGAUCCCGCACAUAGUCCGUUCACCAAACGGCAACCCUACCAGCCCUCUUCCACUGCCUCUUCCAUGAUUGAUGCUUUCUUGCAGGACAAAGCCACGCCCCCUUCCACCACCUCCUCGCUGACUCCUCAGUCCACUUCCUCAUCCUCACUGCCCCAAUCUAUCCCUAAACAAUCUGCACUGGCUUCAGGUCAGCAGAACGCUUCCGGCGCUAUGGACCCGCAAGCAUCCAGCCCUCUUCCCCUGCAUCAGCACAAACUAAAGCAACAGAAGAAGAGGGCUUCCCUCACAACCAAGAUUCCAGCUCUUGCAGUUGAGAUGCCAGGCUCUGCAGACAUAUCCGGGCUAAACCUGCAGUUUGGAGCGUUACAGUUCGGAUCUGAACCGGUGCUUUCAGAGUACGAUGCCUCUGCAGCUGUUGCCACGACGACACCGGGAAACCAAGGCCAGAAUAGCCUUUACACAAGCGUUAGCAAUGAGCAGUCUUCAGCAUUGACCAACCCCAGUCAGAUGGAGCUGUACGAGCAGAGAGCCAGCCAGACACGGCGCUACCCCCCUUCUGUGUCGUCAUCACCACAGAAAGACUUACAGGCCAAGAACGGGUUCAGUUCGAUACAGCCGUCACAAUCUCUGGAAGCUACAGCAGGCUCUGCAGUGCCUUUGAAGCCAACAUCUGAUUCCAUCGUCCCAUCUUCGGUUUCCAACAUGUCUUCAUUGGCUGAUCCCUCAUCAGGUGCUCCCUCCCUGCUGACCACAUCCAAUCAGUCGCCUCUUAGUGUUCUUGGCCAUGAAGACUCCUCCCCAAGCUCAUUGGCUGCACAACACAAUAACUCCCUCCAGACGCAGCAAAACAGUUUGACACCUUCCUCAGUUCGCACUUCAAACGCAAGUCUACUGCACCAAAGUGUAGAUGGAGAAUCCAGCUUGCACUCCUCAUCCUACCCGACUCCUUCUUCAGUUCCACCUGCUUCUUCCUCUACUUCGGCCCCCAUGUCCCACGGCAGCCCUGUGGCACCUUCGUCAUCUGUCAGUUUGGUAUCUGCGCAGUCGGCUCUGGGCCCGGUCAGCAGUCUGACCAUGGGACUCAACAGCGCUGCUGGCAUGGCCUCCAUGGUUCCUCCCACAGCUAUUGCAUCCUCAUCCUCUGUGGCCACUGUGCCACUUUCAUCAGCCGCCUCGUCCCGCAGCACGGCUGCCUCAGGGAAAGCACCUCCAAACCUGCCUCCUGGUGUGCCACCUCUGCUGCCCAAUCCUUACAUCAUGGCUCCUGGCCUGCUUCACCCCUACCCACCUCAGAUGUAUGGCUACGAUGAUUUACAGAUGCUACAGACCAGAAUACCACUGGACUAUUACAGCAUUCCAUUUGCCGCUCCUACCACACAGCUUACUGGCAGGGAAGGCAGUUUAACAAGCAAUCCUUAUUCUGCUGGUGACCUGUCAAAGUUUGGUCGGGCUGAUGCCUCGUCUCCUGCCCCUGCCACAACGCUUGCCCAGCCGCAGCAGAAUCAGACCCAAACACAUCACACCACCCAGCAGCCCUUCCUCAGCCCAGCCCUUCCACCUGGAUACAGCUAUACCAGCCUUCCCUAUUACACUGGGGUACCGGGUCUGCCCAACACCUUCCAGUACGGGCCUGCCAUGUUUCCUGUGGCUCCUACCUCGUCCAAACAACAUGGUGUGAAUGUUGGCAUCAAUGCAUCAGCCACACAAUUUCAGCAGGCGAGUGGCUACGGGUCUCAUGGAUACAGCACUGGCUAUGAGGAUUUGGGCCAGGCUUCGGCAGGGAGCGGGGAUUUCUGUAAGGGCGGCUACGGCACAGCUGUUGCCGCCGUCGCCGCAGCUUCCGCACAAAACAAGCCCGCCAGCUCGGUCACCGGGCCCGGAGUGGGUGUUUCUGUGACAUCCAGCAACACGGGAGUACCUGAUAUUUCAGGGUCUGUUUACACAAAGACGCAGCAGUCUUUCGAGAAGCAGGGUUUCCACACAGGAACCCCCAGUGCUUCCUUCAGUUUGCCCUCAGCACUUGGGAGCGGUGGCCCGAUCAAUCCUCCAGCAGCGGCGGGUUAUGCUCCGGCCCCUUACAUGCACAUCCUGGCCCCGCAUCAGCAGCCUCACUCCCAGAUGCUCCAUCACCAUCUGCAACAGGAUGGACAGACUGGCUCUGGACAGCGUAGUCAGACUGCCUCCAUCCAACAGAAGUCCCAGAUAAAUAAGUCUGCUUACAACAGCUACAGCUGGGGAGGCAAUUAACACCCCUUCCUGCCCUGUCCGAUGUUGCAGUUUCUCCUCCUCCUCAGAGAUCUCCUUUUCGCUCCUCAACGACGCUCUUUCUCUCUCUGUAGUCAUCCUGCAGUACCACCCCGUUCCACUGGUGGUGCUGUAAUAGAGUUAGCACUGUAAUGCAUCAGUUGAGGAGGGUGCACGGGGAGACAUCUUAAUGGGGAGAGGGUUCUCAUGAGUGUAUGGAUAGUUACUUAAGCCUUUGAGAGCUCAGUAUUGAGUAUUUGGAGUUUGUAUUGUUAAAAAUGAAAAUCAAGCUCCUCCCCCUUUUCUUUCAGGCAUAUGUACAUAUAGCAGUUUUCUAAAAGGACUGUUUAAUUUCUUUCUCUUUUUACUGGUGGAUAAAAUGAAAAUGAGUGGUUUGGUAGAAGAACGGGUGGAUAUUUUCCCCUGCACACAAUUCUUUUUAUUUUCCCUACUGUCUGCUGCUUGCUUUGUAAGGACAUGCAAUCCAAAUGUACAUGCAUCUCUGUUUUCCUCCGCAGUGAUUUUUUUUUACCAAAUUUUAUUUUGGAGAAAAGGAAAAUAUCACUCUAAAUCGGCUAAUGCAGUUGUGAAGUUUAUUUUUUACCAAAUAUAAAUAGAUAUAUGAAAAAUGUAUAGGUGAGCUCACAGACUUCGUCUGUGUGUAUGUGCAUGUGUGUACGUUUGUUUUGAUUUUGUGUGUUGUGAGGGUGGCCGCUGUAUGAAUGCUCUGCUUAUGCUAUAGGCUUCAAUGUGUAUUUUUCUUUAAUUUUUUGAAGCCAUAAUGUACCCCACAGAUGUUAGAAGUGCACCUUAAACUAGAUUUGUUGUUUUUUGUCUUCAUUAACUGUCCUCCCUGUUAAAGAGAGGCUGGAUUGUGUUUGACCUCGGCAUUUUACCAUAAGUGAGAAAUGUCUCACUUGCUUUGGGAUUAUGUUGUACAGGAGAGGUCUGAGUUUUUCUUAGGCCACCCUUUGUGAGCAAGUGUCUUUCUACAGCCUGUUGUUUCCGUCAUACCCGCAGUCAUUGUCCUCGUUCAAGAACGCCACCUUCUGUCCCCAAAUAUAUUCUUUUAGAAAUGAUUAUUAGGUAAGUGCUGAUGGACAGAAUUGUACUAUGAGUGUCUUUUUUUUUCUUUUUUUUUCUUUGUCAGUGACUUUCUUUUUGUACUGUGCGUUUUAAAAAAUUUAAAUGGAUAAAAUUGUCUUGUACAUAUAUAUAUAUAAAUAUAAACACAAGUACUGUA